AUGCAGCAGCUCCUUGUAAUCGCACUUCUAUUGAUUGUCGUCGUCGCCGAUGAACAGAAUACUACUUUCCAUCAACUUUCUCCAUCCGUUUGCUCUUGCGCUCCACCUGCAGCGCUGCCCACCUGCAGCUGCGCACAAGCUAUUGAGCCAUCGUGUAAAUGCACUGUCGCACCACUUCCUCCGACAAAUAACUGCGCAUGCAUUAUGCAAGCACAGGCUACCCAGUGCCAACCUGUGUGCAAUAUGAAUUGUAUCGACACUUGCCAGCAUCCGCAGCAGUGUUCAGAGCUCUGCAGUAGUUCUUGUCGAAACGCUUGCCAACCUAUUACACAGAAUGCCUGCUACUCUCAGUGCCUGCUGUCCUGCCAACCAGAACGGUUGCCAACUUGCGACCAGGCAUGCCAAAAUAGUUGCAUUACUGACGACGAAUAUGCACGUAAAUUGAUUCAUCAGUUGACUUACAAUACGCCAGGCAUGUUGCCUAGGACAGUAUCCGCUCCAAUCGUUACUCCUCCAGCAAGCUUGUCUGCCGCUACUACUUCACCCAUUCAGAGUCAUUGUCGUCAAUGUCAGUCAUCUUGUGGCCAGACUUGUCAGAAACAAGUUUCUGUCCCCGCUCCCGUCUGCGAGCAGCAGUGCCAGCAAAUCUGCAUGCCUGUCUGUAAAGUAGCUCCAGCUCCAGCGCCAGAAAUCAAAGUGACGGUGCAGGAAUCGGCUCUGAAAAGCGUGAACUGCCAACCAAGCUGUGAGAAUGCAUGUAAUGCACAAUGUGUGCACCUCAGCGAAAGUCCGAACAUAUGUGGUGCAGCUUGCACACAAUCCUGUGCUAAAACAUGCGCACCAGUUGUUGUGAACUGUCUUCCUCCUCUCACCACUGGGACAUGCUCCUGCCCGGAAGCUUACAGGCCGUGCGCUGGCAAAACGAAAUGCUGCAGACAAUGA